AUGGGAACGCUCGGGAACAGGCGGCUGCCCCACGGGCUGGUGCUGUGCUGUGCCUUCUGGGGUCUCUGCCUGGCCUCUUCAGACUACGAUGAUUACUCCCAGGACAGCACCAACGAGCCAGUCACGACGCCAGAGAUCACCCCGUCUCCCCGCGCCAUCCCCGGGGAGAAGGUGACAGUGAAGAACGUCACGUACCUGCUGCUCCACGAGGCCACCCGCUCCCAGCUGGACAGCGCGGUCGCCGUGCGGCUCAUCCCCUGCCUCUACACCCUGGUCUUCCUGGUGGGGCUGCCCGCCAACGGGCUGGCCCUGUGGGUGCUGGCCAGCAGGGCUGAGAAGCUGACCUCCACCGUCUUCCUGAUGAACCUGGCUGCAGCAGACCUGCUGCUCGUCCUGGUGCUGCCCUUCAAGAUUUUCUACUAUUUCCUGGGGAACCACUGGCCCUUCGGGGAAGGGCUGUGCCGGCUCAGCACCGCCCUCUUCUACGGGAACAUGUACUGCUCCGUGCUGCUGCUCACCUGCAUCAGCGUGGACCGGUACCUGGCCGUGGUGCAUCCUUUCUUUUCCCGUUCUUUCCGCACUCCUGCCUUUGCUGCCUGCACCUGCACGGCCAGCUGGCUCUGUGCUGCCGUCCUCACCCUGCCCCUCACCCUGCAGCAGCAGUCCUACCCCCUCUACGGAACAGACCUCACCGUCUGCCACGAUGUUCUCCCCAGGCAGGAGAACGACGGCUACUACUUCUACUACUUCGUCUGCCUGAUCGCCUGUGCUUUCCUGGCUCCCCUGCUGGUGAUGCUCUUCAGCUACUGCUCCGUCCUGCGAGCCCUCCUGGGCAGCGGGAAGCGCUACUCCUACUCUAUGAAGCUCACAGCUCUCGUGCUCUUCACCCUGGUGGCCUUCUACACACCCAGCAACGUUCUCCUCCUUGUCCACUACUCCAGCUACAGCUCCAAGCUGUACGGCAGCCUGUACAUCAGCUACAUGUUGAGCUUGGCCAUCAGCACCUUCAACAGCUGCGCCGAUCCCUUUGUCUACUACUACGUUUCUGAAGACUUCAGGGACAAGGUGAGGAGGAAGUUCUUCAGUCACAGGAAACAAAACACCACUUCCCUAAAAACCUCCAAGGAAACGCUCCCUCAAAAAAGUUCCAGAGACUUACUGGUGUGAGCCUCCAUGCCAGCUCCCUGCUCCCAAGGCACUGAUGACAUACACUGGGGAUGAGAUGGAGAGAACACUGGGAUCCCAUCAGUUUUAUCCAGUAUUUCCCAGGAGACAAGUCCUCUCUCCUGCCUGCAUAGCUAAAACUGCAUAAACCUGGAUCACAGGAUUCCUUGAGAGGUGUGGAGACCAGACAAGUUGUGGAGGGCUAAACACAUACAGAUCUGUACCUGGGACACUGCAUGCAACUUCACAUCUGGUCCCAUCUUGCCAGGGCUGCUCUUGCCAAUGUACCUAGAGCUGGUUUUCCUACUGCAGCUUGCAGACUGAGUUUCUGUUUCUUUCUCUGCUACAGACUUGCUUGCUGUCCUUGAAUGCAUUUUCCCUUCACCUAAAACUGAAAAAGAACAGGCAGUUGCUAAACCAAAUCUCUAAACAUUUCCAAAGGACCAGGAUGUACCUGUGUGAAAGGCACUUUCCUGCACUAAAAUAUUCUGUCAACAGAAACUAAAGCACUGGCUUUUCUAGCAAAUAUGUUCUUGGCUUGAUCAGUAAGCAGCACCACAGUAGUGCCAGCCCAGUGUUGGUAACAAUCCUACUUAAUCCCUAUUUUUGCCAAUGAAUCCUGGCAUUCAUCAUUUCUUAGCAGCAAAGAUUGUAUUCAUGUUAUUUUAAAAAAAUAUUAUGUCUCUUGAAAGGAAAUAUUAAAGAAGGAAUUGAAAAAACCCUCACUCUAGAACUCCCCACUUCUGUGUAAUGUCACACACAACCAAGAGCUGUCUUUUAUGAAACCAGUGGCCAAGCUUGUUGCUUACUGGGACCUGUUGCAAACAACCUGGGCAUGUCCCAGUGAGCAGAAAAUGAGCAAUAAACCUCUCCUCAGAGUUCCUGAAUUCUUCAAGUUUUCUGGUACAGACAUGGCUUCUGUCCUCACCAUAACCUGUGAUCAAACUUACAGCCUAUGAUAUAAAUAAGAAGAGGCAGGCAAAGAUCAUCUUAAAAUCAGUUUUUAAUAAAAUAUUUAUCAGGAUCUAAACCAAACCCUUUUCUGGACUCAGACUUGCUAAGAUUUGUGUGAACAAACCAAAGAUGGUCACAGAACUGUUUGUGUGUACAUGUAUGAGUGGGGGCAAAAUGCAAGUGAA